AUGGAUGAGGCAGGUCGGCCUACCAUUUAUACAGUCAUCGCAGGGGUAGGGAAAAAUAUGUUGGUAGAUACAGGAGCAGCAGUUACAAUGACCAACAGGGUCAAAAAUGGGGAUUCUUCAGUAAGUAUUAUGGGAGUUACUGGGAAUCCACAGGAGGUUAGAGCAGGUCCAAUUGAUGUAGCAGUCGGAGGAAAAACAAUACAAGUAGAAGCAAUAGUGGGUUGGCCAGAGGAAAUAUUGGGAAUAGAAGCUUUAAAAAAAGGAAAUUUCAUUGUAGAUCUUGCCAAUUUUUGUUUGUGGAAGACAGAAAAGGUGAAUCAGGUAAGUACAGAGUUGACGAAAGGGGCUGUGCUCCCAAUGGCAUAUAUUGUCUCUCCGAUAAAAAGUCUGGAAAAAAACAAACUGAAACUAGACGGACAACCAGAAUGGCUGCAGAAGCUAAUCCAAGACAUACCUGUUUGGGCUACAGAUAAAUUAGACUGUGGAAGAAUGAAAGGAAUGGUCUUGUUGGAGGGGGGAGACCCACAAUGGCAAAAGCAAUAUCCAGUCCCAAGAGAAUCAGUGACAUCAAUCACAGAGAUGAUAGAAAUGCUGGAGAAACGUGGAAUAAUUAAAUCUGGAAAUGGGUAUGCAUGUAACUCACCAUGUUGGCCUGUGAGAAAAGCUGUGUUAAAAGGGAACGGAGAUGAAAAAGCAGCCUCAUCAUGGAGACUUACCAUUGAUUACAGGGCCGUGAACAAACUUGCAAAAAGAAUGGCCCCUGUUGUUUCUGUUUAUUGUGAAAUGAUGUCUAAAAUUUCACCAGAAAUGAAAGUAUUCAGUGUAAUAGAUGUGGCCAAUGGAUUUUGGUCAAUUCCCCUAGCUGAAGAAUGCCACUACCGGACGGCAUUCACCUGGGAGGGCCGACAAUAUGCUUUCACAGUACUACCACAGGGAUAUUGUGACUCCCCAGCUAUUUUUCACACAUACAUGAAAAAUGCAUUGACAGCUUUCCCACGUCCAGAUCGUAUCAUUCAAUAUGUUGAUGAUGUCCUCUUACAAUCCCCGAACAUGGAAGAACACAAAGAAGACCUUGCAAUAUUAUUACAGUGCAUACUGGAAGCUGGACUUAAGCUAAAUGGGGCAAAGGCACAAUUGGCAUGCCAUAAAGUCAACUUCUUAGGAGUAACCAUAUCAGGAGAUGGACGAUCAAUUGAUCAAGACAGGGCAAAAGUUAUUGCUCAGUUACCCAUUCCUACAGACCGUACAGCGCUCCAAUCAUUGCUUGGAAUAAUGGGAUUUUGUCGUGAAUUUACCCCACGAUAUGCUCAACUGGCACAACCCCUUUAUGAACUCCUGAGAGCACAGAAUUGGGAUUGGACAGAGGAACACACAUCGGCAGUACAAAAAUUGAAGGCUGAACUAGGGAGCGCACCAACUCUGGCAUCUCCAGAUCAUGAAAAAGAAUUUAGACUAUAUCCGAUUACAAUGCCAGAUUCACAAGGAGCAGUCAUCACUCAACUGUGGGGACAUGCAGAACGUCCAGUGGCUUUUGGAUCUCAGAUGCUGUCUGCCGUAGAGCUGAAAUUUGGAUGGUGUGAGAGAUUGAUCUUAGCAGCAUACUGGGCAAUUAGAAGAUUUAAAUACCUAUUUGGCACACAGACAAUAAUAAUCUGUACACAUCAUACUCCAUUGCAGAUCCUCAGACAAGGCAGCCUGGCAAUCAGCCACAUCAAUAAUGCCCGCAUUCAGAAAUGGACUAUGGCACUGUUUGCUGAUAACAUUUCAACUCAUGCCUUAAGAGAACCAAAAGAAUGGGUGGCUGGAAUUUGCAUAAAGGGAGAAGCUCAUGAAUGCCAGAUCUAUCCUGAAUCAACAUGCCACGCGGUGUUCAAAGAUGCCACUCAUCUUGUGAUUACCUCAGAUCCUGUAUGGUAUACUGAUGGCAGCUGUCACUAUGCACAAGGAAAAAGAAUAUCAGGAAUGGCCGGAGUAAAAAUGUUGGGUAAAGAUAUCAUAAAAGAAUUUGGAUUUAGAAUCAAAGCAUAUUCAGCACAAUAUGCAGAACUGGCUGCAGUCAUUGAAGUACUUCAGCAAGAGUCUGGAAGAAGUGACAUAUUGACAAUUGUUUUGGAUAGUGACUGGGUGUUCCGAGGCACGUGCCUUCUGCUAAAAUGGUGGGAUAGUAACCAAUUCCUUGCCACAGAUGGAUCCCCUGUUAAGUUCCAAGAUCUAUGGCAGAUGGUAGAAAAGUUAUCACAAAAUUUCAAAAGAGUUAACAUGAUAAAAGUACGGGCACAUAAAAAGACAGGGCCACACCGAGAGGGAAACUACCUUGCUGACCGGUAUGCAAAAGAGGCAGCUGUCCAAGCAGAAGACUGGAAACCACCCACAAAAAACACAUUACAAAUAGCUUCUACUACAAGGAGCAAAUCUUCAUUUAUUUCAAUUAGGAUGAAGCAACUGCAGGAAUUACAAGAUCAAGAUGAGGAACUAAAAGAUAUUCGGGAGAAAUUACAAAAGGGAGAAGAAGUGAUAUACGGGGGCAAAAAAGUGAUGGAGGAGCAAGGGCUAAUAUGUAUAUCAGAAACCGGGGAACCGAUUUGGAUUGUACCACAACAAGUAAGAAAAGACUUACUCCGAUGGAUACAUGGAUCACAAGCAGGAGGACAUCCAAAGAUCAGAGAAGCAAAAGAGAGGAUUCGACAUUUGGGAUGGUGGAUUGGGCAAAACAAGGAUCUUGAAGAGUUUGUGGAUAGUUGUAUUAUAUGUGCAAGAUUUGACCAGUCCAACAAGAAAAGAAGGGGAGAAUUAAUGAGACAGACACCUGUAGGCCCAUGGGAAAGAAUUCAAAUUGAUUACACCGGACCAUUGCCAACAACCACAAGAGGAAAUAAAUAUAUUCUCAUGAUAGUAGAUAGCUUCUCAAGAUGGAUGAUCGCAAUCCCAACAAGAAACUGUACAGCACUAACCACAGCCAGGAAAUUAGUAAGCGAUGUACUGACAGUGUGGGGAAUUCCAAAAGUCCUUGAUUGCGACAAUGGAGCUGCAUUCAUAGGAAAUGUAAUGAAGGAACUUUGUAAGAUGGUGGGUAUUGAACUGAAACACCAUAUCCCAUACCAUCCACAGGCAGCAGGUCAAGUUGAGCGAAUGAAUGGCACCAUAAAAAGAGAGCUGAAAAAGCUGGUGGCAGAACAUGGGCAAGCUUGGGACAUAUACAUACCUUUAGUAUGUGCCCGACUUAGAUCAAGGCACUGUAGAUCAACAGGAUUUUCACCAUAUGAAAUUUUAAUGGGUAGACCAAUGCCCUCCUGGCAAAACUGGAUGACAAUACCUCCACCUGUAGCUUUACAAACUGCUGCAAUCACAGAUCAAUGGGUAAAGGAGUUGGCCACACACUUGGAAAUUGUUCAUAAAUCUGUAGCUGUGGAAGAUGAAGAACAAUACCAACAUCGAAAGCGAUGGUAUGAUGCAGCAGGGGAUCUGACAUCAUAUGAGGCAGGGGACCGAGUUAUGGUGCAGAAUCAAGAUGAACACCUUCCUUGGGGAAGAGCAAAAUGGAAGGGACCAUAUACUGUAGUAGAUAAAUUAGGGACCUCUGUAUACUUGAUUGAUCACGCAGAGAAAGGAGAGGUCUGGCUGCAUGCAUCACAGCUUAAAAGAUUUAGGAAGGACAAAAUAUGGAAUAGAGGUUAA